UUUUCUUAAAUUUAAAAAAAAAACACUCGAUUUUGAAAAAACAUCGAUGUUUCUUAAACGAUGCAUCGAACACCAUCGAUGUAUAUAUUCGAUGCAUUGAAUCGGAAAAAAAAUCGAUGUAUUUCCGCAAUGGACACCCCUAAUGACGAAUGUGUAUGCUGUCAAUUUGUCCAUCCUUUUUGUUGAUGAAGUUGAUGUAUAGGUGUGGUGAGUUGUGUUGGUGUUGUGUUAUGCGCUGAUGUUUGAGUAUGGUGUCAUCGGAUGUGGUGUACUGCGCAGUGUUCCAUUAGAGUGCGCCAGUUUUCCCAGGUUGAGUGAGGGGGAGGCUUAACUCAUUUAAACAUCCUGGGCCCCCUAGGCAAAUAUUUUGCCUAGUAUUCUACGCAUAUGCUGUUGCACGUAUUUCGCCGUACUGCUGAUGGAGUAGCAUGGAUUUUAUGGAUGAAUAAUGGCGUUGUAAUAUUCUCAUAUUUAUUCGGGUGUGCACAAAACAACUUUUGGUUUAAAAUAUAUCACAUGUACAUACAUAUUUGAAUAUGAAUUUUAAAAUGCAAAUAGAUGCUUAAGAGGAGCAACUUUAUUUUGCGGGUUUUUUUGACUUUAUUGACGACUUAUCGAUUUAUUAUGCGGAUUAUUUAUUGUUUGGUUUUUUUUUAUGUUAUUGGCAAUGGUUGCAAUUUUUGUAUGAUAUUUAAUUUAUGAUAGUAACUCCACGCCUGGACAGAUAUGGCCAGAAUGGGUACUCCUUAGCCCUGAUGUUAGACCUGUGACAAAAGAGGGAUCUUGCGGGAGAGUGGCCGGUAAUUGCGAACGGCUUCAUUAUAAUUAUAAUUUUUUAAGUAGUAGGUUCAAGUUGUACAACAGACUCUCACCAACUACCCUUAUGAGAAGCGCUAAUGUAGGUGCGAUAAGAGCUACCUUUGCUUUUGUUAAGUCUAGGUGGGUCACUGUAUCGCAUUGGGAGUAUGGUGAUCCCUUGACUUCCUUUUGAUAUUGUGUGUAUUUUAAAAUGUAUGAAAAUGUCGAUUUUUCGACUUUUUGAUACUAUUGUGUAUAUUUUAUUUUUAGUACGUACUAAUUUGGCGUUUAGUAGUCCGCCUCCGCUCUAGGAUUUGUUCAGAAUUAUUUUUUCAUUAUUGGCGAAAGCCAUCCUGCGGGGCCGAAAAGUUGUAUGUUGUUUUAAUAAUUUGGACUGGUAGAGGUAACUCUGGCGUGGUUUUUUAUACCAAUUUGUGGAGUAUUAGAAAAUUGUGGCUCUAUUGGUUGUCGUACGACGUACUGGCCAUUAUUUGAUCGAGUAGUUGUGGCUUUAGAGAAGUCUUCACAAUACUGAUCUUCUGGAGUUUUGUUUGUUAUAGGGGGAAGUUUCCCUAACAUUCGAAAUUUCCUUAAUUUCCCUAACAUUCGAAAUUUCCUUAAUUGUGAUCCGGCUCGAAAGACCAUGAUUAAUUGCUUGCCUAAUUAGUGGGAACACCCACCACCAUUUAGAUGGGUAAAACACUUACAUUCAGAUUAAGUACAAUUCAUAAGAACAAAAUGCGAUUUAUUAAAGUUAUUAAAGUUUAAUUUCUUUUUGUAAAAAGUUAUUAAAGUUACAAUUGAAAUUGUUGUAUAAAAAUAAGCGGGUUCGGGGGUAACGAACCGAUUUGUCCGAUUCUCCUUCAGUUCUUCAAAUUAGUGCAGCGCGCGGGAUCCGUAACAAAUAAUGUAUAAUUAUGGUGCGCCAGUUUGCCCAGGUUGAGUGAAGGGAGGCUUAACUCAUUUAAACAGGGUGGAAUAUGAGUUAUGUGAUAUAGAAAGGGAAGAUUCCGUAUAUGAGGAAUCCAACCUAAACGUGACAAAUACUUCAGUUAGGAAAGAGCUAGCGGAGUGGGCGGUCUAAUUUAAUAUUUCCACCGUUGCAACUAGUAGUCUGUUAGGAAUUCUACAAAAAUACGAGGGCUGUCCGAUAAAUAACCGACCUCAACGUGAAGCUAGCGGCACAUCUGAAAAAAAAGUUUCUACUUCAAAUUGUGCAGCUACUCGCCAAAAUUUCAGAAAUUUAUCUUGCGCAAUUAUCUGUUGACAGUCGUUUUUGUGAGUCUAUUUCGGUGAUUUCCCCAAAAUGGAAAAAAUUGAAUAUCGAGCUGUAAUUAAAUUUUUAUUUUUGAAAGGCAAUACGCCUUCACAAAUCAAAGAUGAGUUGGACUCUGUGUAUGGUGACUCUGCACCAUCGUUUACCACCGUAAAAUUUUGGGCAGCUUAAUUUAAACGUGGUCGCAGGAGCUUGGAAGAUGAUGCACGUCCUGGGCGUCCAAAAACUGUAACCACUAACGAUAACAUCGCUAAAGUUCAUCAAUUGGUACUAGACGACCGCCGGAUUAAAGUUAGGGAAAUAGCUGAGGUUAUGAAGAUGUCAAAAGAAACUGUUUGUCACAUAUUAAACCAAGAUUAGGGCAUGAGAAAGCUGUCCGCGCUUUGGGUGCCGCGUUUGCUUACGCUAGACCACAAACGUGCGCGCAUGAACAUUUCCAGCGCUCUGUUGGCUCAGUUUAGAGGCAAUAAGACCGAGUUUUGGCGCCGAUUGAUAAUUGUAGACGAAACUUGGAUUCAUCAUUAUACGCCCAAAACAAAAAACCAAUCUAAACAGUGGAUUGAAAAGGGGGAACCAGCCCCAAAAAAACCUAAAGCUGUGUAUUCGGCUGGGAAAGUGAUGGCGAGUGUUUUUUGGGACAGCCAUGGAAUUAUUUUUAUCGACUAUCUUGAAAAAGGAAAAACUAUAACAGGAGCAUACUACGCAUCAUUAUUGGGCAAGCUAAAGGAAGAAAUUUCGAAAAAUCGGCCACAUUUGCAAAAAAAGAAAGUCUUGUUCCACCAAGACAACUCACCAUCUCACACCUCAACAGUCCCCAUGGCGAACAUCCACGAAUUGCGGUUCGAACUGCUUGACCAUCCACCUUAUUCACCGGAUCUAGCACCAAGCGACUUUUUUUUGUUUCUUCAACUUAAAACUGCGCUCGGCGGCCAGAGAUUUUCGUCAAAUGAGGAGGCAAUCUCUUUCGUGAACUCGUAUUUUGCAGACAAAGACGCCAAGUACUAUCUGGAAGGGUUGCAGAGAUGGGAGCAUCGCUGGGAGAAGUGUGUGGAGUUACAAGGAGACUAUGUAGAAAAAUAAAAAAAAAAAAAUUUGAAAAAGUCGCGUGCAUCAUGGUUAGGUCGGUUAUUUAUCGGACAGCCCUCGUAUAUUAGAGAUAUUCCAAAGGAUGCACGAACUUUAAAGUGUACUUCUAAGAUUCCACCCAUAGAGAAAAUGGUAACAGGAGAGUAUGUUCACUACGGCUUAGAAGACUCCCUGACAGAUUUUUUAUUGAGGAAAUCAUUUGAUUCCACCGAAAUUCACCUCAACAUUAAUAUUGAUGGCCUUCCACUCGCAAAAAGUUCUAAUUUGCAAACUUGGCCUAUUUUAAUAAAUGUAAAUGGGGAACCAGUUGUCAUGGUUGUGGGAGCAUAUUGCCGAAAUUGUAAGGCACUUUGCCCGAACAUCUUCUUGCAACGAUUUGUGGAUGAGUUGUUGUACUUAUUAGAACAUUGUUUAAACUUCAAUGGUAUACAUUUUUCAAUUUAUUGUCGGUCUUUUAUUUGUGAUGCCCCAGCAAGAUCCUAUGUAUUGGGUGUUAAAGGACACUUUGGCUUUUUUUGUUGCAUAAAAUGCACUCAAAAAGGCGAAUCUGUUGGACACCGGAUAAUUUUCCGUAGUGAAAUCUAUCCUAAUAGAACAGAUGCAGAUUUUCGCCCACGAAGUAAUGUAAAUCAAUCUAAAAUAUUGGACCAAAUAGCUAUUGAAAAGUUACCAAUCGACAUUGUGAAGUCAUUUCCAUAUGACUAUAUGCAUGUGGUGUGUUUAGGUGUCAUGAAAAGCUUACUUCUUGGCUGGAUUAGGCACAAAAAUAGAUUGUAUUCUUUAAAACCAGACCAAAUUAAUUCAUUAAAUUCUAAAAUAUUCUUUUUAAGUAAUCACGUUCCCAAAGAAUAUGCUCGACAUCCACGUACCCUACAAGAAAUUGAGAGUUUUAAGGCUACAGAACUAAGGCAGUUUCUAUUAUAUACCGGAAUUGUUUUACUAGCUGAUAUUUUAGACGCUGAAAGGUACAAUCCCUUUUUGCUACUUAGUUUGGGUAUGCGAAUUUUAUUAAAUGAAACCUCUUGCAUUGAAAAUAAUGAGUGUGCGAAAAUUCUUUUAAGUGAAUUCGUCAAAAACAUUUCUAGACUUUAUGACGAUUCAUUCUUAACUUUUAACUUCUACUGUCUUACUCAUUUACAUUCUGAUGCAUUAAAUUAUGGAGGAUUAUAAUCUAUUAGCGCAUUUAAGUUCGAGAACUUUUUGUCCAAGCUUAAAUGUAAAUGUAAUAGUAAAACUCAUAUUGCUGCCCAAAUUUAUAAUCGUUUAGUUGAGGAAAGUUUGUUCAGUAAUGAUAAUUUUGAGGUUGCAAAUGUAAAGCAAAAUCAGCCCAUGAAAUCAAUAAAUACAAAUUCAUUUUAUUUAUCCUUAAAAAUGCCAGAUAAUUUUUACAACAUAAAAAAUAAGAUUUUUAAAGUCAUAAAUUUUUCACAGGAAAAUGGUGUAUCAAAAAUUUCAUCCGUGGAAGUUGUCAAUUUGAAUGACUUUUUUAUUACACCAAUAAAAUCAUCAAACUUUAAUAUAAGAUAUUGCUCUGCUUUACAUAUUCAAGUUGCGUCUAUCAGCAUUUAGCGGAAGAAAUAUCACAAAAAAUGAUCUUGCUUAGUAAUUUUGAAUGUAGUCAAUAUGUAUUUAUUCCUCUUAUUCACAAUUAGAUGGAUUUCAAUAGCUCGUUUAUAUCGAUUGGAUGUGAGCAAACCACUAAAUCAAGUAAGUAGUUAAUACAAUAUCGUUGAAGUGGUUCUAACAUUUUAAUUAAAUCGUAGAUUUUGACGACUUAAGUAGCAAACUGGAUAGUCUGGAUAAGAAGGUAGAAGAUUUGUUAAAAGAACAUCAUACAACUCAAAAGCUUCUGAAGAGAGUAUUGGAAGAAGUUAAAUCGACCUCACAUAAUGCUACAAAAAAAAGAAAUAAAAUUUUGCCACAAAAACCUUUUGCAGAAGCGCAUGAUUUCGCUACUUUUGAAGACAAAAUUCAAUCUUCCGAAACAAAAUUUAACGAUUUGGUGGCUGAAUUGCAAAUGAUAAUAGCAUCCAGUUCGAACAAAUUUGUUAAAAUGGCUUGGCGAAAAGUUUUUACGGACGAUGUUGCCCAGAUAUACUCCUGGAAAGGAACGAAGACGAAAAAACCGGCAAGAGCAUUAAGGCGUAAUAUGUAUUUUAUUGCUUUAUUCUUAUUUGUAAUUUUUUUCUAUUAUAGAGGCAUACCAUCAAAAAUUCCCUACCGCUGCCAGGGAUAUGGAAUUCGAGCGGACUACAUUGAAUUUUUUCCAACACGCCAGCAACAGAAUAAAAAAAGAAUUGAAUACGAAAACAAAAAGAAUACGUCAUCGGCAAUCGUAGAUUAAUUAGUUCUUAUAUUAUUGUGCGACAAUUUUAAAUUUAAUUUUGUAAGUUGUUAUUGGAUUAUUCUUAAGUUUUGCACUGAAAUUAACUUUUUCGUUUGUUUCCUUAUCUUAAGAAUGUACAUUAUUUUCGUUAAUUUAAAUUAAAAAAUGAAUUUUUGUUACGUUACCAUGUUAUUUAUUGUUUAAUAAAAUUUAUGUAUAUAUGUAUAUGUACUGCGUACAAUAUACCUCUAUAAACUUUUAUAUAAAUAAAAAUUAAUUUCAAAACUUAAUUCCAACCAGAUCUUAUUUUUAAAUCAGUGCCAGCUUCAAUUAAUGUAAUUGGAAUUCCUUCCAUUCCUCUCGUUUCAUAUUUGAGAAAAUGUUUGAGAUUUUGACAUUUUCAAAUUGAGAACAAAGAAAAAUUUCAUAUUAAAAAUGUGCCUUUUUGUUUGAGAAUGGCUUUGUUUUCAAAUUGAAAUGACUUAGAGAACAAACGUUUGAGAUUUGAAAUUAAGGUUGAUUCUCAAACGCAUCUCAAUUUGAGAAUCAACAAAAAUGUUCAUUGGGUAUAUAUAGAUUGCGGAAUGGUAGCAGGGUAUAUAUCUAAGUAUGUGUAGAUGUAUAUAAUAUACAAUAUAAGUAUACUACAGCUGGAUUCGAUAUCCCAAAAGUUUGAGAGUAGCGAAUCAAACAAACCAUACCAGAUGGUUAAAUCCCGUCUGUAGCACUUAGUAUGUUACUUUCCUUUCUUAGUGGAGAAAUACUUCUACUGGCAUCAAAAAACGUUUUAAUAAAAUUUGUAUUUAGUUUCUAUAAACUACUUAUAUUAAUUUAAGGGGGUAUUCUACUCUAGAAUUUUGAAAAAUUCGAUUUUUUUUCAUAUAUUUAAAAUUUAGACCCUUAAGAACAUAUCCUCCAAAGGAUUUUUAAAAAUUAAUAUUAUUUUAAGAGCUACAGUUACUUUAGGGACGCAGUACCUAGCCCGGUAGGUAUGUAGACUCACGUUUUUAAACACGUUUUUCUCGAAACAUUCAAAAGGCUUGUGCCGGCAUAUUGGCGGCCAUACCGGCCAACGAGAUAAAAUACUCGUUCGACAUUCGUUUGGACCGUGCAAAAAGUUGAAUUGAAGCAGAAGGGCACUUUUUUGAAUAAAAUAAACUGAUUUUUCCGAAAAAAACAUUUGUUCUGUUUUUUUUAAGUCCUGUUUACUUUGGAAGGCACUUUGUAUAUAUUGGGAUCAUUUAUGAUUCGUUAAUCCGUAUUUUAUUUUUGAUAUUUAGUUGACCACUUGACUCUUUUCAUUUAAUAAGGCUAAUUACUUUCUUAUAUAAUUUAGUUUUUAGAUAAUGUUUCUAACCUGAUCGAACCAACUUUACGGGCAAUUUUAUUUCCAAUUAGUGGUGCGCUACCAUAAAGCCAUGGUAUAACCUUAACCAUACCGAUCAAUAGAAUUUUGGCUUUUCGCUAAAUAAACGGCAAUAUGUAUAAAAUUGUGUGAUAUUUCAUUCUGCACUGCAUAGACAAACAAUGCAUGUGAAUCAUAGGCUCAGUUGUACUAUACUUCGCACAGCGUACAGAAGCCAGCUGUUUUUUUUUGGCGUGAAACGUCUUUAAAAUCGCGCCGAAACAUACGUGUAGCACGUUUAAAAAGUGGACCGUAACGAAAAGGUCUGUAUCAUCGUACCUUAAUAAUUAAAAAACAAUUAGUUCUAGAAACAAAAAUGUGGUGUGAAUAUUUCGCUUAUAUAGUCAGCUCGCUGUUAUGACAUUGAGUUCGUGUCGGGGUCGAGCGGGGCGGCGGGGGAGGUAUACUGCGUUAACUGUGCGAAACCGGUGCUCUCGCUUGUUUCUAUUCAGUGUAACUCGUGACUCCGACUAUCUAACGCGGUGAUUCUUUCGUGUGUUUGUCAAGUUUAUUUAAACCGAUUGAUUUAUACAAAAAUUAGUGUAAUUUGGACAGUAUUUAUAUUUAAAAUAGCCAGAAAGUGAUAAUAAAUAUAAAAAAUUUUGCAAUGUCGGCCUCAGCUCGUGCAAGAGCCAACCAGAAAUAUGAAUUACGGCUAUCGUUACAAAGAGAGGGCUAUGGGCCACGCAUAGGUACCCCAAUGUCCGGCGUCGAGCGAGCGAGACGGUUUCGGGAACGUCGCAAAGCUGCUGCUGCCGACCUCACGAGUACCUUUACCACUGGAAUACUUAUGGACAUAACGAUUGAACAGGCGAUGGAUAUAUCUAUUAGAUCUGCCACGGAACUGAGAGAUGUCAAUAUCAGUAGAAGUGAAGCAAUGCAAAAUCAUUGGCGUUUAGCGGACAAACGCUUCAAAACGGUAUUUGAGCUGCCGUAUAAACUGAACGAUUGGAAUCAAGUUCUUGCAUCGAAAACUUUCACAUUUGACAAGAUGUAUUCACGAAAUUUUGUGUGGAUUACUACUUAAGGUAAUAACAUAAUUUCCGAAAAAAUUGUUCAGAUAAGAUUACUAUAGCAUAUAGCUGCCAUACAAACUGAUUGAUCGUAAUCAAGUUCUUGUAUAGAAAACUUUCACAUUAGAUAAUAUAUAAUAUAUUCACAAAAUUUGGUAUAGAUUAUUUAUUAAAAUACUUAAAACAGCGUCAAUCUUGUUUUCUUUUCAACCUUUUACUUUAAAAGCGAUUCGCUAACAUAGACGUUUCACGUUAAAACCAACGGCAGUGUGCCCCGGCACAGCCCCACCCGAUUUUUUUAAAUUUUUUUGAGAGUACACAAAUGUGAAAUGCCAUUGAAAAAUUUAUUUCAAGAUUUGUUAGUUUUUAAAUAUUCUUCGACUUCAACGAAGAAUUCUGUUAAGAAGGCGCAAACGCCGCCGGUCAUCCUGCAAAUACAGACGGAAAUCAAAACUCGGAUUAACCGGCCAGUUUAUAAUAUACUAUAAUAUUAAAUAUUUGAAGUCCGUUUUUAAAGACACGAAACAAAAAGAUAGUGUACAGGAGCGAUUGUUAUUAUAACGGGUGAUUUUUUUGAGGUUAGGAUUUUCAUGCAUUAGUAUUUGACAGAUCACGUGGGAUUUCAGACAUGGUGUCAAAGAGAAAGAUGCUCAGUAUGCUUUGACAUUUCAUCAUGAAUAGACUUACUAACGAGCAACGCUUGCAAAUCAUUGAAUUUUAUUACCAAAAUCAGUGUUCGGUUCGAAAUGUGUUUCGCGCUUUACGUCCGAUUUAUGGUCUACAUAAUCGACCAAGUGAGCAAACAAUUAAUGCGAUUGUGACCAAGCUUCGCACUCAGUUUACUUUAUUGGACAUUAAACCAACCACACGAAUGCGUACAGUGCGUACAGAAGAGAAUAUUGCGUCUGUUUCUGAGAGUGUGGCUGAAGACCGUGAAAUGUCGAUUCGUCGCCGUUCGCAGCAAUUGGGUUUGUGUUAUUCGACCACAUGGAAGAUUUUACGCAAAGAUCUUGGUGUAAAACCGUAUAAAAUACAGCUCGUGCAAGAACUGAAGCCGAACGAUCUGCCACAACGUCGAAUUUUCAGUGAAUGGGCCCUAGAAAAGUUGGCAGAAAAUCCGCUUUUUUAUCGACAAAUUUUGUUCAGCGAUGAGGCUUAUUUCUGGUUGAAUGGCUACGUAAAUAAGCAAAAUUGCCGCAUUUGGGGUGAAGAGCAACCAGAAGCCGUUCAAGAAAUGCCCAUGCAUCCCGAAAAAUGCACUGUUUGGUGUGGUUUGUACGCUGGUGGAAUCAUUGGACCGUAUUUUUUCAAAGAUGCUGUUGGACGCAACGUUACGGUGAAUGGCGAUCGCUAUCGUUCGAUGCUAACAAACUUUUUGUUGCCAAAAAUGGAAGAACUGAACUUGGUUGACAUGUGGUUUCAACAAGAUGGCGCUACAUGCCACACAGCUCGCGAUUCUAUGGCCAUUUUGAGGGAAAACUUCGGACAACAAUUCAUCUCAAGAAAUGGACCCGUAAGUUGGCCACCAAGAUCAUGCGAUUUAACGCCUUUAGACUAUUUUUUGUGGGGCUACGUCAAGUCUAAAGUCUACAGAAAUAAGCCAGCAACUAUUCCAGCUUUGGAAGACAACAUUUCCGAAGAAAUUCGGGCUAUUCCGGCCGAAAUGCUCGAAAAUGUUGCCCAAAAUUGGACUUUCCGAAUGGACCACCUAAGACGCAGCCGCGGUCAACAUUUAAAUGAAAUUAUCUUCAAAAAGUAAAUGUCAUGAACCAAUCUAACGUUUCAAAUAAAGAACCGAUGAGAUUUUGCAAAUUUUAUGCGUUUUUUUUUUUUAAAAGUUAUCAAGCUCUUAAAAAAUCACCCUUUAUUAAUGUAAGUAAAUGGUUAUAAAUAUACAUCUAUAUAUAUAUACAUAUAUAUGUGUCAUUCACAUAUGCAUAUUUUUAAUUUAUAUUCUAGGUAUCUCCCUCACGGAACACCCUUUGAGGAUGUUACCUCUAUGCAUAAAUUUGACAAAACAACAAUGCGGAAUAUCGGACUUGAAACAUCCGAAAUAUUUUGGGCUUCGAAUUAUCUUACCGAGUCGACUACCGCACAAUACAUGCAUAGUGCUGCUGAUUUUUUAAAACCGUAAGAUAUACUCAAUUGUGUUGGGUUGAUUAACGGGAAGCAUAUAGACAUUAUUCGUCCACAAAAAAGGGUUUAUUGUUCACUAUAAAUAAUGACAGCUUAUAAUGCUAGGUGUACUACUGUGAUCAAAUUGAAAGGUGCAUUUUUUCUGGAAGUUGGUAGUACUGUUUGUGAGAUCUAUUCUAAAUUUCACGUCAAUUAGUAUUUGAGAUAUACGUCGAGUUUGUGAAGCUCUAACAGUGAAUAUUUCGAUUUUUACUAUGUCUGAAUGUAUUAAACAAAAAAGUGCGUGAUCAUUUCGCCACAUUCUCAACUAAUAUCGUGCCGCUACCACCACAUUCGCCUUACUUACAUACCUUCGUGUAACUUCUGGCUAUUCAGCAAAUUCACAUGACCACUCCGAGGACACCGUUUUGACUCAAUUAAGGAUAAAAAAGCUGAAUCGAAGAAAGCUCUGAUGACCAUCACGACUGAGAAUUUUCCAAGUGGUGUGAUGACUAGAAAAUUCGUUGGCAUAAGUGUAUUGCAGCAGGAGGGGAUUACUUUGAAGGAGAUGAAAUGUACAAAAUUCACCUUUUAAUUGGAUCACAGUAGUAAGUUUACCUCUGCUGGCAUUGGCAGCAAAAUGAUGGAGGUAAUACUAAAUGAUUUCAAACAUUUUAAUAUAUAAUUAUUUUAAGUUUCUCAAAGUAUUGUUUUGCUUGGUCAAGAAUUCCAUUAUGAAAUGAAUCCGAAACAAAUUUUCCACAUUUUUGGUAGAAGACGUAGUGCCACCAUUAAAGUAUAAUUUAAUACGACUUUAUCCCGGCCCCAGCUACCACGAAACAAAGCUACCGGUUAUCGCGAGCUCGGCAAGUAAUAAAAAAUAUAUUUGAUAUUUUUAAUUGCUUCUUGGCGUGUUCUGCGAAAGGUCAUAGAUUUUGGCCCACAGAAUUGCGAAACAAAUGUGCUAUCGGGCAAGGUUCUGCAUAAUUUAAUUCUAAAUGACCAUAAACGUUGGUAUUGUCCAUAUACAUUUGUAGAAGUAGACAGCGCAGGGCAUGGAAUGUAUGUAAACCAAAGAGCGGUUUCUUUUCAACAAAGACAUGAACACGCUAACUAGUCAUACCUUAAAAAUAAGAUGUAUACAUAAUUAUUUUAUUUUUAUUUAAUUUCUUUUCCAAAACAUUUAGAGCAUAUACAUGUAUACGUGUAUAUAAAAGUACAAUUUCAAUGAUAUUUUCUUAUGCUAUUGUUAAAACUGAUUAUAUUUAUACAUAUGUAUAUCUGCUAUGCAGGUACAAAGGAAAAAGGUAAUUCAGUCAAGGACAAACACAAAUUCUUAAAACUAUAAUAAAUAAGUUAAAAACAAAAUAAAGUUAACUUUAAUUUAGAAGAAAACUUUUGCAACAAUUCAGAUCUAACAACUAAAGGACUAGUUCGAUUAUAUUCAGACGGACAGGCAUACGUACGAACAGACAGUCAGCCAGACGGACAUGGUUAAAUUAAAAUUCAUUCAGAUAUGACUCCCUCACUCCGCUUGUAUGACCAUUAAAUUAUCGGUGAGCACCUGAAUGACUUUCAUCUGCUUAGCUUGGCUCAUAUUAUUACUAUUACAUCAACAUUAGGCCAAAUGAUCUCGCUUCCUUUUUGAAAAGUCUGAUCCUUACAAAUUUCUUUAUAUAAUAGAACUGCUCCUUUAAAACUGUCGUCAUCGUCGCUGUUUGUUCGCUUUGGUUUCCGUCUUACUAGAAUGGAUACUAACAACUCCAGCAGUAACUCCUCUGGAUCUAUCAGCAGCCAUGUUUGCGGCGAGUUUUGCAAAUAUUCAAAAUCAUAUACAUCAUAUUCGAUGUGUAGCAAUUUCAAUAAAAUAAUAAAAAUAAAUAAUAGUUAUAAUACAUUAAAAAUGAAAAAAAUAUAUACGAACGGUCUUAACAUGUGGUUUUUAGUCACGGCCAAGUGUCGCUCAUGAGCACCGCUCUGUCGGAAGGGGUUCAAUCUUCCGUUUUUCCUCGCGUAUAUUUCACGUAAGGACUGCACCGCUUUUCACAUUGCUCCUCUAAUAAAAGCAUAAUUUAAUCAACUAAUAAGAACACAAAAAUAUAUAUAAAUUUACCAAUCGGUUGCUUCUGGUCCUUGGGUUAUGUUUGCCCAAGCCCUUCUUUCUAUCUGAGAACCGGUAUCUAAGGUACGUUUUAUUGUAAAAUAUUUCACGUGUUCGCACUUCCUCAAUUCAUCGUUCGUUAUUCAUUUUAUAUAUACUAUUAUUAAUAAAAAAAAAAUAUUUUCAGUAAUAUAAAAGGCAAAAUACUUGCGUUAAGAAAAAUUUAUUGCCGACAAAGUAAAAAUGUCACAACAGACGAGGUGAGAAAGAAAGAGUAGCGAUGAUCUAUCUGAAAUGUUACAUAGUACAGAAAUAAAAAUGCAACAGACUUUUAUGAAAUGUCCUGCACACACUUAACGUGUACACUUAUGCUCUAUCAAACCGGAGAUAAAAAUAAGCCUACAAUAUAUUUACAUAGGUCAUUGUACGUACAGGGUCAAAAUAACAUCCCAUAUGGAAAUGCCGCUAAAGCAAAUGUGCUCUGCACGAAAUUCUUUAUGAUUAUGAACGCAUUUUGGUGUAACUAAUUAUAUUUUGUGUUUUUUUAGAUUAUUAAGUCAUAAUAAAGUUAAACUAACGGGUGAUUUUUUUGAGGUUAGGAUUUUCAUGCAUUAGUAUUUGACAGAUCACGUGGGAUUUCAGACAUGGUGUCAAAGAGAAAGAUGCUCAGUAUGCUUUGACAUUUCAUCAUGAAUAGACUUACUAACGAGCAACGCUUGCAAAUCAUUGAAUUUUAUUACCAAAAUCAGUGUUCGGUUCGAAAUGUGUUUUAUCGACAAAUUUUGUUCAGCGAUGAGGCUCAUUUCUGGUUGAAUGGCUACGUAAAUAAGCAAAAUUGCCGCAUUUGGGGUGAAGAGCAACCAGAAGCCGUUCAAGAACUGCCCAUGCAUCCCGAAAAAUGCACUGUUUGGUGUGGUUUGUACGCUGGUGGAAUCAUUGGACCGUAUUUUUUCAAAGAUGCUGUUGGACGCAACGUUACGGUGAAUGGCGAUCGCUAUCGUUCGAUGCUAACAAACUUUUUGUUGCCAAAAAUGGAAGAACUGAACUUGGUGACAUGUGGUUUCAACAAGAUGGCGCUACAUGCCACACAGCUCGCGAUUCUAUGGCCAUUUUGAGGGAAAACUUCGGACAACAAUUCAUCUCAAGAAAUGGACCCGUAAGUUGGCCACCAAGAUCAUGCGAUUUAACGCCUUUAGACUAUUUUUUGUGGGGCUACGUCAAGUCUAAAGUCUACAGAAAUAAGCCAGCAACUAUUCCAGCUUUGGAAGACAACAUUUCCGAAGAAAUUCGGGCUAUUCCGGCCGAAAUGCUCGAAAAAGUUGCCCAAAAUUGGACUUUCCGAAUGGACCACCUAAGACGCAGCCGCGGUCAACAUUUAAAUGAAAUUAUCUUCAAAAAGUAAAUGUCAUGAACCAAUCUAACGUUUCAAAUAAAGAACCGAUGAGAUUUUGCAAAUUUUAUGCGUUUUUUUUUUAAAAAAAGUUAUCAAGCUCUUAAAAAAUCACCCUUUAGUUACGUUCUUACAUAUUUCUUUUAAUCGUAAUACAAUAUAUUUAAAAUUAAUAAAAAUGGCACGGAAUAUCUUGUUUCAUGAAAGAAUAAAAACAUACUGAAAGUACACUGUUCUCAGUGGGUAUAUUUAUUUUUACUUUACUCACACAGUUGCUGUUUCCGUUAAUUUCGUGAACAUUUUUCGUUCUUUAUUUAAACAAGUGUUUUCUUACUUCCUAAAUAUAUCGCGCCAAAAAACUUCACUUUAUUGUAUUUAAAUAACGUAAAAUAUAAAAUGUAAUUCAUAAUAUCAUAAAACAUUCACCAUGAGAAAAAAAAUUGUGAAGGACCCCACAUUUCGCUUAGCGACACUUUUUAGUAUAAUAGCAAAGUAUGCCCAGAACUCAGACCUGAGUCUCUUCACUCUGAGCUACCUAAAAUUGAAUAGCGCUGAUCGAAAUCAGCUUUGCGCUUGGCUCGGUUUUGAGCGUUCACUAAUUUUUCAUUUGAUCCUCAUUUUUGAUCUCUAUUUAAGAAUGACGUCAUAUUUUUCAUUCAAUCAAUUGUAGAAACUGAGGUCCUUAUAUUCGGUAACUGAAGUCUUGAAAAGUUAAGGUCCGAUUUUAACAAUUUUUCGACGUCAGAUCGCAAGCCUUAAAAUCAUUUUGUGUAGAGAAGUUAUUUUCGAUAACGCUAUUGUCUCUCGAUGUAUGGGUAAAGCGAAAGAAAGAAAUGGAAAUUAAAGUGGGAUAUAAGGUUGUAGCCGCAUUUCGCACAUUUUCACAACUUAAUAUAAGAAAGUCAAAAUAAUGUUAUGCAUAAAAUUUGGUUAGGUAGUCCCUAAAGGAUAAGAUUUCGACCAAAGGUGGUUGUCUUUUCGUACUAUAUUGUAUACUAGCCUAAACCCGCGGCUCUGCUCGCUCCUUGUUAUCAAUGCUACACUUUUUUAUUGACUAGUUCCGAAGGAAAUUACAUUAGGUUUGCUUACAACUAUUUGUACUAUCGACAGAACGUGCAUGUUGUUCUGUCGUGUUCUUAUUUUAAGCUGAUAAAUACAUUUAGAUAAGUUCAUAUGUAUCUGCUACUAAUAACUACAAUACUCGUACAUUAUUAUACAAUAUGUAUAUGUCAUGAUACAUAUUUUUAUGUUUAUAGCUGAUAAGAAUAUGUUGAUAUAUUUGUGUUCGCGAAUAUGAUAACUCUCCACUCUGUUAAAAUGAAAUGUCCUCAUUCCAAAGGCGCUAUGUUUGGAGUCGCUGUACUUCCAUUUCAUAUUCCUGAUCGGCUUCUUGUUUUAUUACUAAAAGAAUAGCAUAGCUUAAAAAUUGUAAAGGGCGUUCCUCAACAGGAAUUAGGAAUUUGUAUAUUUCUUGUAUAUUAGAAAAUUUAUAAUUCGAUUUUUUGAAGUUAUACUUCUUAUACGAGUUCGGAAAAGGUUGCGAAAGAUUCAGGUUGCGCAACCUUGCUCAAUAUGAAUCUAACGCAACCUUGUCUGCGAAGAUGUUCGAGCAGCAAGCGAAGCGGUGACAAUCGGCGAUCGUUUGUUCGUUUCUUUCGGCACAGCUCGGCUUUUCUGCCAACAACACAAUGUUGCCAUACUUAUGCUGUUGUUGUUUUUGUAGAACAAUGUUUCAAUUUUUGGUUGGUGACAUAUUCACAUGUGUGCGCAUAUGUAUGUUUGUAUGCUUGUGCAUUAUUGAAGUUAUACUUCUUUUUCUUUCGUUUCUCUUUCAUUUCUGCUAAUUCUCAACUAUUUUGCGUAUCUUUUGGUUGAAAUACUCUGCGUUGGCCGCUGAAAAAUUAAGGCUAUACUUUACAGGAUCAUUUCUGUAGUUAGUCUUCAUUGACAUUUUUUGGAAAUUGACCCGCGAUGACGAGGUAUAUCGUUUUAUCUGACAGCGUGAGGUUUAAGAAGUUCAUUUCUAAUUUUGUCUUGUGGCAUAUUAGAAAUGAUGUUUCUUCGAAAAUCGUUCGCUUACAACGGAUAAAACGACUUCUGAGUGGUGAUUUUAAUGAAUAAAUUCCUUUUGGUUGAAAUGCUCUGCGUUGGCCGUUGAAAAGUUAAGACUAUACUUCUCAGGAUCAUUCAUUCCUUUCAUUCCUUCAAAGAAAUUAAUGACCUUUAGAAAUAUGCAUAUUUGCAUUAUUUCCUUGUCAUUUCCAUAUUCGUAGCAAUAGAAUUUCUAUGGCAUAAGUAAAGUAAUGGCCGCCGAUUGUCACCCCUUGCCGCUGUAGCAGCUUCGCCUACAAACAUGCGUAAAUAUGUAUACGUAUGAUCGUGAAUACAUAUCGACGCAGAUUUUUGCGAGAAGCACCAGAAAGUUGUGCAAUUUAUGAUUUUUAGCUUUUGCCACCGUCGCGAAAAGACGACUUGUUGGCAAAGGCAUACUCGGGGAGAUGUUACGGCCUCUGUUUUUAUAAUUGAAGCGAGAUCGCUUAUGGAAUUUGCGCCUGCGUUCAUGAAUGAAAUCGUUUUUGUUGUAAAAUGUACUACACUUGUUCUUCGCCAAUUUGGCUGCCAUAUUGUCUUGUGAAGAUCAAUUUUUUGUUGGUGACAUAUUCAUAUGUGUACGCAUAUGUAUGUUUGUAUGCUUGUGCAUUAUUUGUUUGACAAUGUAUGCAAAUAUAUGUACAUAUAAGUAUGUAUGAAUAUACAUACACUCAUAUGAGCAUGUGCAGAGACACAAGAUAGGAUAGAAGAUGUAUGCCUUUUAACGUCGUAUACUAUACAAAUAAAUAUUUUUCUUACUAAUGGAAA